AUGGCGGGAGAAGUGCGUCAGCCUAUAGAUAUCCCCUCGUUGGAGAAGUACAUUGACCAGAAUGUGCCCGAGGUCAAGACUCCACUUGAUGUGAAGCAGUUCGGCUUCGGUCAAUCAAACCCUACCUACCUUCUUACUGCCGCUGAUGGCAAGCAGGUUGUUCUGCGCAAGAAGCCCCCUGGCAAGCUGCUCUCGAAGACAGCUCAUAAAGUCGAGCGCGAGUACAAGAUUAUCCGGGCAUUGGGAGGUACCGAUGUACCCGUUCCCAAGGCGUACUGUCUCUGCGAAGAUGACAGCGUGAUUGGAACAGCAUUCUACAUCAUGGAGUUCCUAGACGGGCGGCACUUCACCGACCCAGCGAUGCCAGGCGUGAGCGGAGAGGAGAGGAAAGCACUGUGGAAGAAUGCAGUACAAACCCUCGCCAAGUUCCACAGCGUAGACCCUAAAAGCGUCGGACUCGAAACCUUCGGCAAACCGACAGGUUUCUUCGACCGUCAAAUCGCCACAUUCAAAACCAUCUCCAAAGCCCAAGCCGCCGUCGUCGAUGUCGACACCAAAGAACCCGUCGGCGAACUCCCCCACUUCGACGACAUGGUGACAUUCUUCUCACAAAAGAACACGCAACCACUGGACCGGGGCACACUCGUGCACGGGGACUACAAGAUCGACAACAUGAUCUUCCACAAGACCGAGCCGCGCGUGAUUGGAAUUCUAGAUUGGGAAAUGGCGACCGUAGGACACCCGCUCUCGGACUUCUGCAAUCUCACGAGCCCGUACAUAAUGGACGGUGGGGACAGCCAACUGUCGCAGUUCGCGCCGGGGGUUGUUCCAGGACUGCCGCGGCGCGAGGAGUGCAUUGGGUGGUACGCCGAGACAUCUGGGUACGAGACGAGCUCCGACGUGGCGUGGGGCGAUGCGUUCUUUGCGUUCCGGGGCUCCGUGAUCAUGCAGGGCAUUGCGGCCCGGUUUGCUGGGAGACAGGCUAGUAGUGCUCGGGCUAGUGAUUAUGCAAAGAGGGCAAAGCCGUUUGCUGAGGGGGCAUGGGAGAGGGUUCGGGCUGUUAAGAGGGCUAGUGAGGGGAAGUUGUAG